GACAGUGCGUGCAGUGGCGUGUUGCUUCAUCUUCUGCGGAGAGUUUGUUGCCCAUGGAUCGACUGAUAUAAAGUAGCAGCCCAAACAAUACCACAGACGUACUCACUAGCAGAAAGCCUUGGAUAUGACAAUCAUUAAAACAAGACAGUUGUCCGAUGCUGGCAUUGAAAAUUAAAAGCAUUACAACAGAAGUGUCAGGCAGUCUCGGAGUCGCUUGCACAUGCUCGCCAUGGCUACUUUGAUAUGUCUCAUCUUCUCUUUGCUUGGCCUGGCCGUUGUGGGAGGGGUGAAGAACUGCCAUCCACAAUGUCGAUGUGAGGUGGAAAGCUUUGGUCUCUUUGACAGUUUCAGUCUGACCAAGGUGUACUGCAGUGGGAUCGGCCCCGGGACUGCUCCUGUCCCCAUCCCUCUGGACACCUCUCAUCUCGACCUCUCCUUGAACUCCAUCACCUCCAUUACUGACUCGAUGCUCUCUGGCCCAGGUUACACCACCUUGGUCAGUCUGGACUUAAGCAACAAUCAAAUUUCUCAAGUCACUCCCAAAGCGUUCUCCAAGCUUCGCUACCUAGAGACGUUGGACUUGAGCAACAAUGGUCUUCAGAGUCUCACCGAUGGCUGCUUUACCGGUCUCCCUCUGGUUGACGUGGACCUUAGUGAAAACCGAUUCAAGGAGUUCAGUCUUGAUCUCUUUACUAGCAGGGUACAGGAUAUACCAGUCAUAGUGGACCUGUCCAAAAACUUUCUCGAAACCAUUUCCAGGAAGACACCUGGCAAUCCUCUUUACAUAAAGAGUCUUAUGCUUGCAGGGAAUAGAUUGAAAAAGGUGCCAACGCUUAUUGGAAUUCCUCUUCAGUAUCUCUAUUUGGAUGGAAAUCUUAUCUCCAACAUUGACACUGGGGCCUUUGAAUCAAUGACAGAACUUGUUUACCUGUCUCUCAGUGGCCUGCUUGAGCUGACAAUGAUACAGCCUGGCAGUUUCAGGGACCUGAGGAACCUUCAAGUCUUAGACCUAUCAAAGAACAGCCAACUCAAGACUUUGAGUCCAGAUGUAUUUAGUGGACUUGUCUCUUUACAAGAGCUUAAUUUGUCCAAUACUGCCAUCACACCAUUGUCGCAGACCGUCUUUACCCAAAUGCCAAGUAUAAAAAGUAUAAUUCUGGGGCCAAAUGUACAUUGCUGGAAGACGCACAAGCAAGGACAGUUUCAUAGACAGAUAGGCCAGGCCAAACCCAAUGAUAUACUUACCUGUGACGGUGCCGGUAUGAUCUUAUGAGCCUAAAAUGCCAAGAAUGACAUGAAAUAUGAAUAUAUCUGUGCCUUAUUCUACAAUUGAUCUUUAUUUUUUGAUAUUCCACAUUUGAUUUUAUUUGCACAUGCUAUGCACUAUGCAUAAGUUCCUUUACUUUACAUGUGUUUAUUGCAUUCUAACAUGCAAAGUACUUCGUGCGGACCCUUGCACUUUAGUUUACACUAUUCUUUUCUUUUCAUAUUUAAUAUAUCACUUUAGAUUUGCUGUGUGAUGUCAAGUGUGAUGUGAUGUGUUGUCAAUCUGGAAUAAGUUUAUUCUAUAUUCAUUAUUUGAUUCUAUAUUCAUUCUUUCAUAAGUUGAUUCUAUAUUCAUUCUUUAAAAAAUGUUUGUACAAACCAAAGUAGCAGGUCUUUGUGCCUUAUAAUUAAAACGAUUUAGAGCACAACUGAGGUAACUGCUCUGUUCUGGAACAGUGUGUUUGUAAUGAUGCUAACAUUUUGAUGCCCCACAUAAACUUAUGUUAAAUGACCAUAAUGAAUAAUGUUGAUUAUGUGGGAAUAUUUUCAGCAGCUUGAUUAUGGAAUAAUUUGCAAUGGGCCUUUAUUACUGAGGGCAAUAAUGUAUUUUGUUAUAUUUGUUACUUAGAUUUAACUGGCCAAUUAAACAUGGGCAUUUACAUUUUCAUAGAAGCCUUUUGAAUGAAUUACAAUAUGUGACAUUUAGUGAAUUAAAAAACGAUUUUGCACAGUAAAACAUUUUUUUUAGAUCAGAAGUGAAACAUUUUGCUAUUGAACCUGAAAACGUGAUUUAUAAAAUGCACAUCACUCAGACAGUCACUGGUUAAUAUCAUUUUAUAUCUAUAAUUUGGAUAUCUGUAAUCUGUCUGUCACAGAUGUUUACAUGCCAUUGUUCUGAGAUUUUGCACUUUUGAUAUCCUCAUAAGGUUAUUUGAGGUUUGAAUGGAUUGCUAAACAUGAUAGUUGUUCAUCAUAAGGAAUGUUUUAUAUUUGUAUAAAAUUAUACUCCGUUAUGUAUGAUAAUCAACUAAACAAAUAUUAGUAUUGUUGUAAUUCCUUGGCUCUAUACGUUCACCCAAAAAAUUAAAAUUGUCAAUAUUUAUUCAUCCUCAUGUCAUUCAAACCUCGCAUGAAUUGUUUUUCCAUGUUCAUCAUGCAUAGCUAUCAUAUAGCUUCAGAAGACUUGGUAUAUAUAACACAAUUUGUAUUGACUACAUUUAUGAAACUUUUAUGCUUCUUUUUGUCUUUUUUGGAGCUUAACAGCCUGAAUUCCCAUUCAUUUUCAGUAUGGAAAGGAGUAGCCAGUAGCCUCAACAUUUCUCCUUUUGUGUCUCACAGAAGAAUAAGUCAUAGGGUUUGGAACGCCAUGAGUAAAUGAUGACAGAAUUUUUAUUUUUGUAAACUAUCCAUUUAAGCCUGUGUUUAAAUGCACAAUUUGAGUAUUACUUACCCAAACAGUAUUAAAACUUGCAGACAAAGUUAAGCCAGUGCUAACGUGCUUUUUCUGAUGACUUGCUGAGUCACACAGUGCACUUAGUCAUAACAGAGGACCAAAUAAUGUGGUUCACCCCAGUCUAUUCACACAACCAUAAUUUGUGGUUGUCCACACAUGCCCAGCAGAAACCUAAAGGGAUUUGUA